AUGAGUGGCCUGGCGUCUCCAGUGAAGAAGCUGCGUACACCCCCGCUCUUUCUCGACUCACAGGACAAGACAGAUGAAGCCAGAACCUCGUUUCAGGAGAUUUCCGAGUGUAUUUAUGCAAAUAAGCAGUUGGGGCAUUCGGGCCAAAAUGAACAAAUGACGUGUGAUUGCCACGAAAAAUGGGACCAAGCCACCCAGCGCAACUUGGCGUGUGGAGAGCACUCCGAGUGUAUCAAUAGAGCCACCUCGGUCGAGUGUGUAAACAAAUCGUGUGGAUGUGGUGACGACUGUCAGAAUCAGCGAUUUCAAAAAAAGGAAUAUGCAAAUGUUUCGGUGAUUCAAACCGAGCUCAAGGGGUAUGGGCUACGGGCCAAUGAGGAGAUAAACGAGUCUGGGUUCAUUUACGAAUAUGUUGGAGAAGUUAUUAAUGAAGAAAGUUUCAGGAAACGAAUGGUGGAAUACGACGAGAAAAAGUUUCCCCAUUUUUACUUUAUGAUGUUGAAAAAGGACUCGUUUAUCGAUGCCACCAUCAAAGGCUCGUUAGCACGUUUCUGUAACCACUCGUGCAGCCCCAAUGCUUAUGUAGACAAGUGGGUUGUGGGAGACAAAUUGCGAAUGGGAAUCUUUGCGAAAAGGUUGAUUCAAGCCGGCGAAGAGAUAACUUUCGAUUACAAUGUCGACAGAUACGGCGCUCAAUCGCAGCCCUGUUACUGCGGAGAGCCCAAUUGUAUCAAAGUAAUGGGCGGAAAGACGCAAACCGACGCAGCUUUGCUUCUUCCAGAUGGCAUCUCCGAAGCCUUGGGAGUUACCCACCAAAUGGAGAGACAAUGGCUCAAGGAAAACAAGCAUUUGCGGUCCAAGCAACAGAAGGACGACUCAAUCAUCAACGAGGCGUUUGUUAAGUCAAUUGAAGUUACGCCAAUUGAAGACUCAGAAGUAUCAAAGGUGAUGGGUGCUCUCAUGAAGGAACAAGAUGUUAACAUUACGAGGAAACUCGUGGAGCGAAUCUACCUCACCGAAGAGCCUACAAUCCACUCAUCUAUCGUGAGAAUGCAUGGCUACAAGACAUUAUCACAAGUGCUUCAAACGUGCGACAACGAUACCUCCACCAUCAUCCAAACACUAACCAUCCUCUCCAAAUGGCCCAAAGUCACCAGAAACAAGAUCUCUUCGUCGCAGAUCGAAGAUGUGGUGCGCCAGCUUCACAAACAAAGCAAGAACAAAAAGAUAACCCAACUUUCGUCGGAUCUUUUGAAAGAAUGGGGAAACCUCCAAAUGGCAUAUCGUAUACCGAAAAACGUCAAUGGUGAAAGAGGGUCCAGUUCCCCUUCGGUAUAUGGCCGUGGAGCUCGUUCAAAGUCGCCUGAGCCUACGGAGCCCGCACCAGAAGAACCUCUUCCUGAAGGGUGGAAUAUGACCAUCGACCCCAAUACCCAAAAACCAUACUACUACCACAUGCAAUUGGGAAUCUCCAGAUGGGACCGGCCUGUUCUGGAGCCGCCCAAGGGUCCUCUGUUUCCCAAGGGACCCAAAAAUGAACCACAAAGAAAACGGACUGGAAAUUUUGCCGAGGAUAUUUUGGCGAGACAAGAAGAAGAACGGUUGAAACAAGAACGAGAAAACCAGUUUAAAGAAAUCCAACAGAAGGAGCGAAUGCUACAGGAUGUGAUUCUUCAGUCGCAGCGCCAAGCAGAAGAAAAGCGUCAAGCAGACGAAAAAGCCAGAUUGGAAAAAUUGGCUAAAAGCCGUGAAAGGCACCAAAAGCAUCAAAAGCAUAAGAAAAAUAAAAGCGAUAAUAAUGUUUCGAUCGAGCAGCAGUGGGCCAAGUUGUUUGCCAAACAUAUUCCAAAUAUGAUCAAGAAGCACGAGAAAACCAUCGGUCAUGAUAAUGUAAAAGGUUGUGCCAAAGAUUUGGUGAAAAUCUUAGCCAGUAAAGAAAUCAAGAAACACCCAGAUACAGCACCACCCACUGAGCUUGAUCGUGCCAAAUUGAAGAAAAUCAAGGAAUUUUCAAGUAUGUUCAUGGACAAGUUUUUACAGAAAUAUGAAGCCAAGCGAGAUGGGAAGAGAAAGCAAGACAAUGGAGAAGACGAAGCCGAAGCCAAAAAGCAUAAAAAAGAAUAA